AAAUUAUUCGGCGUCGGCGUGCUUGACUCGUUAAAGAAAGAAACGAGAACGAAAGCCCCAAACCCCUUUCUCCCUUAUGACAAUGUCCCUUUCUUAGAUUCUCCAGAUCUCUCUCUCUCUCUCUAAGAUGUCGACGCCGGCGAGAAAGAGGCUGAUGAGGGAUUUCAAGAGGCUGCAGCAGGAUCCGCCCGCCGGCAUCAGCGGCGCCCCACAGGACAACAACAUCAUGCUCUGGAACGCCGUAAUUUUCGGGCCUGAUGACACUCCUUGGGAUGGAGGCACGUUUAAGCUUACUCUGCAAUUCUCAGAAGAUUAUCCUAAUAAACCGCCAACAGUCCGAUUUGUCUCACGCAUGUUCCAUCCAAAUAUCUAUGCAGAUGGGAGUAUUUGCUUGGAUAUCUUACAAAAUCAGUGGAGCCCUAUAUAUGAUGUCGCAGCUAUACUCACUUCUAUUCAGUCACUGCUUUGUGAUCCAAACCCAAAUUCCCCUGCAAAUUCUGAAGCAGCCCGUAUGUUCAGUGAAAAUAAGCGAGAAUACAACAGAAGAGUUCGUGAAAUAGUAGAGCAGAGCUGGACUGCUGACUGAUCAAAAGAAAAGGCGCCACCACAGACUUGUAUUCCAUAAAAAACAAUUAAGAAGUUAAGGAAUGGAGUAGUGUUCGGUGUGGUGGCUUCUUCUCCAAACCUAUGUGCUCAAGUGUAAUAUUGUUUGUGUGCAUUGCUUUUAGAGAAUUGCUUUGAAGAAUUUGAUUUCUGCUUUUAGACUCCUCUGCUUGAAUUCUUGAUUUCCCACUCCUUAAUUCUUCCUUCAUCUAAGUUUCAUGUAUCCACUUUUAAGUAUGUCUUUGUGACGUGUAUAGCAACAGGGAGAGUCGGGAAGAGUUUUUGAGUGUAAUGUUAAUACACAGAUUUGCUACGUGAAAAAAAAUUAUCAUUUCAGUA